CCGUUGCAUGCAUGGCCGCAACUGCCUCCUUAGCUAGGCAGCCAUGACCAAGGCAAAGCCGGCCAAGCGCACGCCGGCCGCGGCCGCGGCAACAGGGCUCGCAGCAGCCGGGGUGGCGUCGGCGCGACCCUCCCUCGGCGCGCAUGUUGUUAGCCCCGCGACGGCCUGCGGCCUUGGCCCUGUGACGCCUUCUGGCUGCAAGUCUGGCAGCAGCAGCAGCCGGCGCCGGCGCUCCUGGGCCGCUGCUCUGCUGCACCUGGGCCGGCGAGUCAUUGACCCCUUCGGCCUGCUGUUCCCGCGCGACGACGCCGACGAUGACGCCGAGCAGCAGCAGCAGCAGCAGCAGCAGCAGCAGCAGCAGCAACAGCAGCAGCAGGAGCAGCAACAGCAGCAGCAGCAGUAUGGGCAAGAGCGUGCUGAGACUGCAGAAGGCCGCGUUGAGGGCGCUGCUAGCGCCGCUGCGGCUGCAGCGGCUGCUGCAGCGGCGGCGGCCGCUGCAGCGGCCGCAGCAGCCGAGGGUCGACAGCGCGGUGCGAGCAGCAGUGGCGGCGCCGUCCGCUCGGGCAGCGCCGCGACCGUCCGCACCACCACCACCACCACCAGCGACGGCGACGGCGACGGCGGGUCAUUGCAGCAGCAGCAGCCGCAGCCAUCGCCAACAGACCGCGGCGGCGGCAGCAGCGCCGCAGGGUCUGAGUCUGAGCGGGAUGCGGAGGAGGGUGAGGAGGCAGAUGAGGAUGAGGCGGAUGAGGAGGAGACGCCUGAGUCCCAGUCUGAGCCUACGUCCGAGUCGGAGGGCUCGGAGGAGGAAGCUGAAGGGGAGGAGGGUGGGGAAGAGGAGGAGGAGGAGGAGGAUGAAGUUCUGCAGUCUGAGUCGCUUCUGGCGGCGGCGCUGGGUGAGAUGUUUGAGGAGCAGGAGGCGGUGGCGGCGGCGGCGCGGGCGGAGGAGCAGCAGAUGGAGGAUGAGGCGGCGGUGGUGGAGGCGGCAGCGGAGCGCGCGGCGGAGGCUUGGGCCGCUGCCAAAGGCGAGGCGGAGGCGUUGGAGAAGGAGGAGAAGAUGGGGGAGAUGGGGGAUGGCGGGAACGUGGUGGUGCCGCAAGGGCUGGAGCUGAGGUUGAAUGAGGCCUGGGAGGAGGGCAUCCGCGAGGCCAUGGCAGCUACAGCCACAGCACCCGCCGCUACUGUCGCUACAGCCACAGCUGUGCUGGCUGUAGCUGGUGAUGGUGGCGGCGGCGCCAGCGGCGGUGACGGCGACGGCGAAGGCGCCGAUGCCACCGGCAGUAGCAGCAAGGAUGGCAGUGGCAGCGCUGCGGCCGCAGCCACUGCUGCUGAGGAGUCGGCCCCCGGCGGCGGCGCGGCGGAUGCACCUCGCCGUGAGGUCCUCAUUGCGACCGGCAAGCGCGUGCACGCGGCUGUAGCACCGGCGGCAGCAGCAGCCGAGGCGGCUGCAGCCGAGGCAAAGGCGGCGGCGCAGCCGCCGCGCCCGCGCCUGGGAUACCACACGCCACUGGGCGGUGGCCGUCGUGUUGGCGGCGUUACUAAUCUCAUCAUCGGCGGCGCAGCCGGCGGCGGCGGCACCAGCGGCGGCGGCAGUAGCGCCCGGCGGCUGCAGGAGGGCGAUGCUACUGCCGCUAUGGUCGGCGGCGCCGCGGAUGCGGCGGAGGAGGCGGCGGCAGUGGCGGCGGCGGCAACGCCCACCCGCUACCCGAUGGAUGUGUAUGAGGACGAAAUGAGCUACGAGCUGCAGGCGGACGUGCCGGGUAUGACGGAGGACCAGCUGGUGGUGGAGGUGGCGCAGCACCGCCUCACCGUGGAGGGCAGCGCGGCGCAGGUGCUCGAGUCCCACGUGCGGCCGCUCACGCCCGAGGAGGCCGCCGCCGUCGCGGCGGCCGCCGCCGCCUCGCCCGGCCGCCGCCAGCCGCGUGCCGUCAGGACGGAGCGGCGCCGCCGCCGCCACUUCAAGCGCACCUUCCGCCUGCCUCACGACGUGGACGCCGCCGCCGUCACCGCCUCGCUGCGCGACGGGGUGCUCAUCGUGCGGCUGGGCAAGAAGCAGCGGACGGGCGAGGCGGAAGGAGGUGGUGAUGAUGAUGGAGGUGGAGGUGGAGGCGGUGGUGGUGGCGGUGGUGGCGGUGGUGGUAUCGGCACUGUGCCGCCCGCCAGAGCAGAGUCGGGUGGGGACGGGGAUGGAGGUCGUGGGCUGCAGCCGCUGUCACAGCCGCCAGACGCCGGCAUCUUUGUUGGCGAGGAAACCGGCAGCGGCAGCGGCGAUGGCGGCGGCUACGCUGGAGGCGGCGGCAGCCGCAGUCUGCUGCUGCAAAUGACGACGGAGGCCGCUGCCGUGACGCUGGCGGCGGCGGUGGUGGCGGACUCGGAGAAAGCCAUGGCAGCAGUGGAGGCGGUGGGUGGAGCGGGAGAAGCGCGUGGCGUCGGAAAUGAGGGUGCAGAGGAGGAGGUGGUGGCUGGGGGUGGUGGUGGGAGCAGCGGCAGGGGCGGCGGCGGCGUAGCAGUAGCUGGCAGGCCGGUGCCGGUACCGCCGGACACGCCGUGUCUGGAGCAGGGCACAGAACUGGUCUAGCUAUCUAGCCGCAUACGCAAAUAAGGUGGCGUUGGGGUGAAUCGGAUGGAUCAAAUGAAUGGUUCCCGUGCCGUAUCAUGUACAAUACAGUUGCAGGGGUACCGUGGUGGAUCCCGGCCGGGAAUUUGAAUCGUCAACGCCGACAGGGAACAAUGCGAACGUUGCUUGUCUUUCCAGCUGGGCGGCUGGGGCCCUAAAUGAUGCAAUGGUGUUCAGUGGAGCGCAGCUGUACUGCUGUAGUUGUGAAUGUAGCCCUGAUGUAGCGCAUGAUUGGUGUGGCAGGCCGCUUUCAGAUGGCUGCAAUACGAUGGGAUCUGUUGUACCGUGUGUGGGCGCACCUGUGUAUUUAUGCGCCAUCAUUUACAUUGCCA